AGUCUGUAUCGGGGUGGUGUCAUUUUUCCUCAAAAAUAUUUUUGUACCUUAAAAAGUUGUUAGAGUGGUGUUCUGUAAGUGGAAAACAUUGUGAUAAGUAGUUAAGAAGUAUUAUAGGUUAAGUAGCAGCACAUUUAAAAGAUUGGUGCAGUUUGAAGUUUGUUAGCAAGAUAGAUAGAUUAUUUUGAUAAACUAGGGAAAUAUAUAGCCUUCAUACUGGAAUUAGAGGAUAUCAAGAAAAUUUCAAGCUACCUUGGUAAUGCUGGUUCGAAGAAGUCUUAUGGAUUGCCAACCUUGAGGGGAAGUCGGUGUCAGGCUUGCCAUCCACAGAAAAAUAGAAACACGGGACAAUCUUGCCCGAAACUUGAUACCGGAACUCUGAACAGUCCUACCAUUCCACGUAAGGGCAGCGAGUCUGGCGGAGACAAGGGGGGUGGCGGUGGCGGCACAUUCCGUGGCCUAGGCGGUGGGGGCCAUGCCUGGGGCAAACCGCUAGGCAGGCAGUCGUCGAAGGCAGCCAGUGGCGGCGGGGAGAAGGGUGUCAAAAGGGGGCCGUCCGCCUCCAGGGCGGCCUCGUGCGAAUUAGGGGAGGAGGCAGCCGAGUCCACGCAGCCGUCUCUGCAUAAGGGCAGCUCCUCUUCCCCGCAGAAAGGGACCGCUGGGGCGAAGACCGAGAAGGGGAAGGCAGCUAAGGACUCGGUGCCUGCUACCUCCGACACAGCGAAAAAGUCAUCAGCACUCCCCAUAGAAAAGUCGACAACGCCAUCAUUCGACGGUGUCGACAACAUCGAGUUCAUCGAUCAAUCGGCGCCAAACGAUGUAGGCGAGCACCUUAAGGGCUACUUAACCGUCAGCGCUGACACCGAAAUCGAUGCAAAAACAAACGAUGAGGUUUUCAGAGCGCCCGCUGUUGCAGCUCCAAAGCAAGCAAAGACUAAGAUUAGGCCAAAAGCAAAUGGCAGCAAGAAAAAGGGAAAGAAAGACAAGGUAAAACCGGUGAGUAGUGGAGAACACGAGAAUACAGGGUGUCCGGAGAACGCUACAAAAACAAAGUCAUCUGGGAAGACACCACCCAGAGAAGUCACGACCAAAACACGAACAGUCACCACCGAUACAGAAUCCACCAAGGUCGUCACUACCACCGCCAGUCUCAAUAGGUACACGUUCAUGAAGGUAAUGGAAAAUGAUGAACAGAAGCAUGAUAAGAAGCUGAGAACUCUGAGUUGUAGCAGUAUUCCGUACGACAAUAUUAUAGAGAAUUUAGCGCCGUUUAGAAAAAGAUUUUGCAACAUCCAGUUGUUCCCAGCCAAUAGUGAUAAGGAAGAAGAACAGGGAAAAGAGGCUGGUGGUCAAGAAAGCCAAAAGUUGAGCUGCAAAGAAAUCGAACCCGUGGUCCGGUCUGUGGUCGACUCCAUCAUCGACAUGGCGGUGGAGAUCAUAGAAAAGAACCAGCACCAUCUGGAGACGACCAUGGAACCUUCAGACGGUCGAAUUUUGAGCUGUCUAACGCCAGAUUACAAGAGCCGGAUCAUAUGCAACACUAGCGAAACUCUCCCCUCCCUGUAUAUCCCGAAGAUCAUUCAGACGCCCUCUACGGACAAUUUGAUUGAUGCAAAGAACUUCGUAGAGGAGUAUGAGGAAUUUCACGAUUCCUGCUCGGAAAUGGCAGAUUCUGAGGUGGCUAUAGGACAGGUAAAUGACUGAAGUUCUACUGGUGUGUUCAGGGGAACGAUAGCUGAACACGUCAACAAAUAACAACUGAUGAUUCAGUGACAUUGAAAAUGUUUUUCCUGUCUUACGAUCAUGCCAUUCUUCCUAUCUUUGCUGAGGUUCCUGUCAUAGUUAUCAACGUUUUUCCACACUAGGAUGUAUGCACAAGGUAGUGUUAAUACACCUAGAGAAAUAAACUGUUCCUUACAAUCGUUUCUGUAUGGCGUGUUAGAGAUGACCCUGGUGCACCUCUGGGCAGCACACACGUUUGAGUAGCUGGCUGAGUGACUCCACAAUAACACCCCAUGUCAUGUUAUCGAUGAGCUUAGCGAAAACGUGGAUCGAGCUAUAAUGGAGAAACAGAAUAAAAAGAAGAAGUAUAAAUCUGUAAAACAUGGUGGAGUUACUAGUUUGAUACCCAUAGAAACUGAUUCGAACGCUGAGGAUGAUACUGAGGCUGUCCAAAAUGACAAAAGGCUGUUGGAAGUGGGCGCGAUGUAUAACAUCCCGAAGAACCUGUUCCAAAGUACGGAGAUGACCGAGAUCACCGAGCAGACCAUCGAUGAGCUUCAUAGGAACGAUGAAAAUGCCGAGAACAACCCCGAUAUGGUCGAACAGCCGGUGGUGGUCAACUUGAAUCUGAGCAAGGAGGGGAAAAUCGAAGACGACGAUGACGUGUACAGACCAAUUGCUGUCAGUCCGGAUGGCAGGUUCUUCAAAUAUGAAGAAGAGAUUGGACGCGGGUCGUUCAAGACAGUAUACAGAGGUCUAGAUACGCAAACUGGCGUCGCUGUCGCAUGGUGCGAGUUACAGGAGAAGAAAUUGAACAAGGCUGAGCGACAGAGAUUUAGAGAGGAAGCAGAGAUGUUGAAAAAGUUGCAGCAUCCGAACAUAGUCAGAUUUUAUAAUUAUUGGGAGUCCUCAGGUCCAAAAAGGAAAAACAUCGUCUUGGUAACCGAGCUAAUGUUGAGCGGUACACUGAAGACAUACCUGAGGCGCUUCAAGAAAAUCAAUCCGAAAGUGCUCAAAUCGUGGUGCAGGCAGAUCCUGAAGGGUCUGGCUUUCCUGCAUUCCAGAUCUCCACCCAUCAUACACAGGGACUUGAAAUGUGAUAAUAUUUUUAUAACAGGAACUACAGGGUCGGUGAAAAUAGGAGAUCUUGGUUUGGCCACGCUGAAGAACAGGAGCUUUGCCAAGUCGGUUAUUGGUACUCCAGAGUUCAUGGCGCCCGAAAUGUACGAGGAACACUAUGAUGAAAGCGUCGAUGUUUACGCAUUUGGCAUGUGCAUGCUAGAGAUGGCUACCAGCGAAUAUCCUUAUUCAGAAUGUACUGGUCCUGCGCAGAUAUACAAGAAAGUCAUUUCGGGUGUGAAACCUGCCAGUUUUGAUAAAGUUCAAAACCCAGAGGUGAAGGAUGUCAUAGAGAGCUGUAUACGACCAAGAAAAGAGGAUAGGCCAAAGGUGAAGGAACUGUUGAGUCACGCCUUUUUCGAAGAAGACGUUGGGUUGAAAGUUGAAGUUGUGUCGGAGGAGGGCAAAAAGAUCGUGUUCAGGCUGAGAGUUAUAGAUCCAAAGAAGAGGACUCAUAAACAUAAGGAAAAUGAGGCGAUACAGUUUGAAUUUGAUCUGGAAACCGAUAGAUAUAAUACAAUCGCUGAAGAGAUGGCCAAAUCCGGCAUCAUCUUCGAAGAUGACGCCAAGACGGUCGCACAGCUGUUGAAGACGCAGAUCACACAGAUCACCAAAGAGCGCGAGAAGAAGAGCAAAGAAGAAGAGGCGUUAGCUCAACAGUUGCAGUAUCAACAAUACUUGCAACAGCAAGUUGAACAACAGAUCUCACAGCAACAGCAGCAGCAAGCGCAGGCUCAACAGCAAGCGGCUCAGGCUCAACAGCAGGCUCAGCAGCAAGCUGCUGCUCAACAGGUGGCGUCCCAACAAGCGCAAACUGUCCCCCAACCCCAACAGGUUCAACCGCCCCCUCAACAGACUCAGUACCAACAGCAACCUCAGUCUCAACAGCAGCAGCAGUAUACUCAACAGCAGUCCUAUCCUGGUCAACAGCAGCAACAGCAGAAUUAUCAACCGCAGAGUCAGCAACAGGUAUUGCAGACCGGCGAUCAACAGCAAAUGCACUAUCAACAGCAGCAAGAUCAACAUCAGAAGCAAUAUCAACAGCAGCAAAGUUUAGCGGAGCAGAAACAGCAAGAGAUGCAAAAUCAGUACAUACAUCAACAGCAGCAUCAACAACAACAGCAACAGGCAGACACGAUGAUGCAGUACAACCAACAGCAAACCAUUGUUCAACAGCCGCAAGAUAUUCAGCAGCAACCGGUGAUGUACCAACAGACUCAACAACCACCUCAACAGCCGCCGGUGCAGCAGCCUCAACAGGAUCAACAACAACAGCACCAAAGCCCACCUUUGCUACAGAGACAGCAGUCUGUUGAUCCGGUUCAACAACAGCCGAUUAUUCACAAACAACCGGCUCCUACGCACUUCGUACAGCAAAAUUACAUUUCUGAAAAUGUGCCACAGCAAGCAGAGUUUGUCCAUAUGCAGCAACAGCAGCAGGAAAAUCAGCACAAGCUCUCCAGCGUAUCGCAACCGGACACAUUGCAGCCUACUCCUCCACAACAAGAGCACAGAUUGAGUGUUGAUAGCCAACUGGAAAAAGUUCAGCAAGCUCUAGCACAACAGCAGGAGCAGACAAUUCCAAACUACCAACAGCAACAAAACUAUCAACAGGCUUCAUUCAGCCAACAACAGCCGAAUUACCAACAACAUAGUAGUUACCCGCAACAACAGAGUUUUCAACAACAGCAACCCCCCAUUCCUCAACAACAACAGAACUACCAAAAUCAACAGGGUUACCAGCAACCUCCGCAAGGCUACCAACCCCAAGAAUACCAACAACCUCAACAGCCACAACAACAAUCUGGAUAUGUUCAGCAAGAUCAGCAGCAGCAGAUCAUCCAAAAUUACCCCAAUGUGCAGCCUCUAGCACAGGAUGUCGGAGGUCAGUUCGUCCAGCAGCAACAGAGCUAUCAACAGCCAGCUCAGCAACAAACUCAACAGCCUCAGCAGAAUUACGUUCAACCACAAUAUCAGCAACAACAAAGUUACCAACAGUCUGGACAACAGGCGAAUGUGUAUGAUCAGAACUAUCAACAGCAGCCUAACUAUAUUCAUCAGCAAACUAGCCAACAGGCUUACAGUCAACCUCAACAAAGUGCUCCUCAAGCUUCAUAUGGCGCUACCCAACCUCAAGCCCAACAACCAACUUAUCCAUCUCAGCAACAACAGCCUCUUCAAAGUUAUCCUCAACAGACAACCCAGCAAGUGAGUUAUACUCAACAAAGUGCUCCUCAACAGCCAAGCUAUUCUGCUCAGCAACAGCCUGUAUAUAUGCAGCCGCAAUACCAAGGUCAGUACCAACAGAACGACCAGCAGUACCAACCUCCACCGCAACCUCAACAACAGCAAUACGUUGAUCAACAGCAGUAUAUUCAACAGUCUGUACCUGAUCAACAACAAUACAUCAAACAGCCCCCAGUAGAGCCUCAACAACCUCAACAGCAGUACCCAGUUCCACCGCAGGCUAUUGAUCCCCAACAACAGCAAUAUCUGCAACAGCAGAACGUUGAUCAACAGCAGUAUAUUCAACAGCAGCAACAACCCGUUAAUCAACAGAAUGUUGAAUAUAUUCAUCAACCAGUGGUGGAUACGUCGCAACAGUAUAUCCAACAGCAGGGCAUGGAGGCGUCGCAACAGUAUAUGCAGCAGAAUGUUGAUCCCAAUCAUGUAUACCAACAGCAGCAACCACAGGUGGCGCCACAGUACGUUCAACAGUCCAGCCAGAACUACCCGCUUGAACAAGGUUCUCAGCAAGUGCUACCUCAACAACAACAGCAGCAGGUGCUCCAACAGCAACAACAACAAGCUGAUAUCGUCCCAGAGCAUCAACAGUUGGGUCAUCGUUUAUCUGCUUCUGAAGUGCCGCCAAUGAAUCUUGCUGAGCUUCAACAGAAGUUAGCGCAACAGGUCAAAUUGACGGAUCAGCAUCGGGUAUCUACAACUUCUCUACCUCCGAUGCCAAGUUUUGACAGCCAGCCAGAUCACAGAAGGCUCUCGACCAUCUCACAACCUGCUUCAGUCCAAGAUUACACUAUGCAGCUUGCCGAACAACAGGUACCGGUACUUCCUCCGUUAGAUCUCCAACCGCCAAUAAUUGAAGGCCAAAUCCAUGCCUGUUGCCCAUUAGAGACCAUCCCCUCUGUGGAAUCUCUCGUCUCGAAUGCGCCUGCUUCACCAACUGGUCUCCAACCGGCUCAAAUGCAAGAAACAAAAUCUGAAGAACAAGACAUAUCCGCAUCAGACCAGGUAAGCUCCGAGUCUGUAGAGGAGAAACAGCACCAAAGCCAGCGUGAGCGUCGUAAACGCGCCGCGCUCAAACACCAGCUGGUCGUGGAUAAGGUCUACCCGGACGGCACGGUCGAGUGUCGGCUGCUGUGCAAACAGAAAACGAUUAGCUUUAAGUUUAACAGGUUGGACACGAAACCGUCACAUAUCCUGGACGGCAUGAUCAAGCAGAAGCUGUUGAAGGAGGAGCCGCACAAGCAGCUGUCUGAGCAUCUGCAGGAGGUGAUUGACAGGUUGAAGGAGGAGCCGGAUAAGAUACCGGAGUGCGCUAGGGAGAAGAAUGUAUAUGUGCAGAAGAGAGACGAAACGAGUAGCCAGUCAAUGAAAUCCAACUACGUAGACCCAGCCCCGCAAGACGAAUUCCACAAUAUCAAGACCACCUUGGCGGAAACUAUGUAUCAAAACCUUCGGUGUAGAGAGAGCCUUAAUUCUAGUGGGACCGUGUCGCGUAAAACUAGCACGGCUUCAGAGUACACUCCUGAACACACUUAUAUAAUGAACAACAAGCCUUUGGCAGAACAGACGAGUGUCUCGUAUGCUGCUGAGAAGUGUUUGAUUGCAUCUAUGGAAACACCUAGCGCGGUUGAUUUAAAAGAAGAAUGUCCCAAUGAAGAUCACAUAGAUCAUACUGACGUGUUAAAGAAUGAGUUAACCAACAGUUUGAUGCAGAAGGAAAACGCCAAGCUGGUUCCUGGACAAAAAGUCAAUUUAAAGAUGUUCGUCAUGGCUGUGGAUAAAGAGAAUGGUCAAACGACUGAACCUGGCAAGCCUGAAGAUGAAGUCCAGAAACAAGCCGAUAAACCCGAGGAAAAAGUCGACAAGCUCCAUGACCCAAGCUUGAAAGUACCGCAACGGAAGAUUUCGAGGUUCUUAGUAAGCCCAGUACUAUCUGGCCAGUUAGAUUUACCCAAAGAUAAGGAGAUCUCCAAAGAAACUACCGAUGUUACACCUUUAGUGGAGAAACCCCCUGAAUCCGUAUCUGCCGAGCCUCCCAAACCUGUUCUUCCACCUGCGACUUCGACAGAGCCUAUAAGAAAGAACUCUGCUCCGCUCGAGACGACCAGGACCUCCGCGGAGAUGGAAAAGGUGAUAGAACCGAAGAUGAGUGUCUGCUCGUUGAAAGAAGAAUCUACGAUCAAGGAGGAGCCCGUGUGCGGACCGGAACCGAUCAACACCAUUGAGCAGCUGAAGAUCAGUUUGGACAAUUUGAAGCACAGCAGUCAUCCGAAGAAAGAUUCUGGGGAGAGUGAUGCGAAGAAGGUUGCUUCAGCUAUAGAGGUGUCAAAAAGCUCCACAACAUCAGUACAAGCUCCUCCUCAACAAGUUCCAGCUCCCCAACAGCAACAAUCUCAGCAGCACAUUCCUCCUAUCAUUCAACAACAGCCAAAUCAAGCGCCAAGUCAACAACCGUCUGCCCAACAAACUACGCCUGUAAUGCAAUCGCAAGCGCAGCCAGUGUUGGCGACCUCGCAACCGCCUCCUAUCAUGCAGCCUACUCAACAACCGCUUUUGGUCCAACAGCCAUCUCAGUCGGUGAUCCCACAACCUGUGCCACAACCUCAGCCGCCGAUGUCACAGUCGCAAACUGCGAUGCCGCCAGCGCCAGCUCAAACGUCGGUACCGCAGCAAGCUUAUGUUCCCAUCUCUAUAUCGCAGCAAUUUGUGCCUACUGCUAUGCCUCAAGCGAGUGCGUCUGUUCAACAGAUCCCUGGAACUGUGCCUCCUCCUGCAAUGACGCUUGCCAAUAGUUUGCCACAGCAGAUGGAUAUUCCUAUGUCGUGUCAACAACAUAAUACGGAUCUGCCUAUGAUGGGGGAUGUAAAACGUCCUGACACUUUAACAGUGCAUUCACACGACAUCAUUUCACAUGCUACAGAAGAAAAUUAUAUCGAUACCAUCAAAACUGUCAGUCCACAACAUGCUGUCUGUCACACCACGGAAAACCGUUGUCUGGGAAUGUUGACUGUGAACCCGCAGUAUGUUGUGUGUCAUAAUGUGUCAGAUGAGCCACAUCAGAGUCAGUCGGUGGGCCCUGAAACAGUGGAAUGUAAACUACAGUUGGGUAGCCCUGAAGGGGAAAUAUGUCCAGAGACAAAGUUUAUCGUUUGUGGUUUGUGUAAUACUAAAUAUGAUACGCGCUGUGUUAUUUUGAAAGAUAGUUUGAGCAGUGAGCUUGAAAAGACCGAAAAUUUUUGCUGGUUCUGUAAUUUUUGCUUGGACAAAGUUGAAAAGCAGAUAAAUGAGGGAAGAAACAUGAAUGUUAUAGUGAAAGAAAAUGAAUACCUUAAACGAGAAAACGAACUGUUGAGAAAGGUGGUCAGUGAUCAAACAUACACCAUUGAACUACAGAAGUUUGUUAUAAACCAACUCAAGUCAAAAACUGGUUGUGAAGAAAAGCAAAUAGGUUCUAGCUUAGAAAAACAGUAGAUACAUUACUUAUGUCUUAUAGAUAUAGUAUGGAAUCAGUAUUAUUGUAAAACUUACGAUACAACAAUUGCGAUCGAACGAACGUUCGAAUAGUAGGAAUAUACUUGAGAUAACAAUUAUGAAUAUGAAGUUGGAUAACAUACGGUAAGUUAGAAUGGAACCUUAGGUAGGCACGCCCAUCUCUAUGUAAAUCAAUUAAAUCCAAUAUUUGAAAAAAAAACCGUGAAUAGCAAUUUGGGCAUAGGGUAUGAUUUGAUGCUGCAGAAGGUUGUCCGUGCCACAGGACCAUGGGUAUAUUUUUGAACAUUAUUUCAUUUUUUGCUAACCCUAAUAAGAGAAAUACAUAUUGUUGGCAGCGACAAAUUAAAAUGGAGUCAAGUAGAUUGACUGCUUCCGAAACAUUGAUAUAAAUCUACUUGAAAUUAUAGGUACCCUAGAAUUCUAAGCAUAGACUCUCUGUCAUAGGAAUUAAUUAAUAUAAAUAAUUUCAAAAUUCAAAAAGGCUUUUCGCUCUUGGGUAUGAUGAUAAUCCGAGCUAUAGGGGCUAAGGAUUACCGAACAGACGGUAGACAAACAAGUGGAAAUGUGUGAUAUCAUUUUUCGAGAUAUAAAUAAUAAUAAUAAUAAAUUGUUUUUAUUGCUCAUGUAAGUACAGAUAAAAAGACAGCAUGAUUCCGAUGCAAGCGGCAAGGUUCGCUUGAUUGAUAAUCAUUAGUUGUUAAUCCUCGUUCUUUCACCUAACCAGAACAUGUAACAUCUAAACAUCAUAAUGUCUAGAUUUUGAAAUUAAUUUAUUACCAAUUGGCAUGGGAAGUAAGACAACGCCAAAAUUACCGUAUGUCCUAUUAAUCAAGUGUGAUGACGCAUUGGUUUUUCAGAGGCAAACUUUUACAUCAGAUACCUCAUUUUUACCAGACUGCCUCAGAAGUAGGGUAAUGGCUUGACAUUUUUGACAUUUGAAUUUUGACAUAUGAGGUGUACUUGGAUUCGUCUUAGCGAGUGACACUGGCUAUAUUAAAAUUAUUUAACUCAAAAUGGCGAAUUGCAAGAUAGAAAUUUCGUUUUAACAGCGACAGCUUGAAGGACUUGUCAACGUUUCUCUAAAUUUGUUUUGACCACCAAAGUGGCACUGGGUAUACCAAAAUUUCUUAAAAUCGAAAUGGCAAAUAUUAAACUUCAACCAUGAAAAAUUAAUUAUUUUCAGUUACUUUAGUUCGACUUUUUGUAUUUUUACUUCCCAUGGCUAGUGGCAGGGAAGUAUUGUAACCAAGAAGAUUUUAGAAAAUGGGAUAUUGUGUUUUUUGGAUGUUACAAACUGAUCAUAGUGCAGCGUGUGAAGUACAGUCAACUUACUUGACGCCAUUUUUUAAAUUGCACUUGUUCGCUCUUUAUUUCCUUAGUCGAAAUUAUAAAGCUGUUUUCGAAAAACUAGCAUAGCUUUGGAAAGACUUGACAAGUCCAACAUUGAAUAUUUAUUACAAACUACGUAAUUCCUUCAAAUUUUUUUCAUAAAACUACAGAUACCACCGCCUUGUGCUAUGUCUCAACCCGCUCCCCAUGUUUUACCCAACUCGUCUGUUCCCCCCGCUGGAGUAACAGUUAGUGAUAGUUCAUUGUUGGCCUCCGUCGUACCUCCUGUAACCACCUUGCCUACGCCAAUGGGUGGAGGUUACCAACCGCCCAUUGCUCAACAGAUGCCGCCCGUUGGCCAACCACAAGACGUACCGCUGCCCAAUGUUAUGUACCAGCAACAGAUAUAUGCUGGACAUCCUCCAAUUUCAAGUUCCGUUUCUGUACAGAAUCUCUCAGUUUCCGCUAGUCAAGGAUUACCCGGUUUCCAGCAUUCUGUGUCAAUAGAUGAUACGUUGCAAAACUACGCUGUUAAGAAGGUUCCUGAUAAUCUCAAACAAAUUUUAGAAAGUAGUUCAGCUAAAGGCAGUCAAGCAUCAACCCCUCAGAGUGAUAUGAAGUACGAUGCUCAUCUCCAAAGCUUACAACACAAGCUUUCUGCAAUUCCGUUAGUUAGGACUCAACAAAACAAUACGCUUCAGCUGGAUACGACGGCAGCCAAUGCUUCCUGCCAUCACCCGGGUGGCGUGACCAGCGGUCCCACCACCUCAGAAAUCCUCUCUCCAGUGGCUGAGCCCGAACAGCAACAGCAGCAGGCCUGCUUCUCCACUACGGCUCCGGCCACAGUGACCACUUCUGGUGGGCCCAUACAUCUGGCCGAGUUGAACGAUAAGCUCAGGAGGAUCAAUUCGAGGUGUGACAGUGCUGAGAAGACAGACGGGGAGGUGCAGACUAUUCAAGAGGGAGCUGCUCAAGGGUGUGGGCAGGCCCUGCCCCAAGACUACUCUCAACAACCGCCUUCAAGUGCAGUUUCUAGGGAAAGGCGGGUGUCUAGGUUUAAGGUGAGCGUUGUGACUGAGCCGGAUAAAAGCAAAUUGAUUAUACCACCCGAAGUACAAGAUCGAAGGGACAGUACUGUGUCUGUAUCAUCGGAAAACGAAACGAGACGAGUGGCAGAUUAUGCAACUGUCAUCAACACCACCUUCGAUUCACUCAAGACUACUUUAGUGAAGUCUUUGCCUUCGGGCGCAGUUGAGGAGGUUCCUUUAGUUCAGGAAGAAGAAGUUUCCAAUAUAAAGCCGCAUGAAGUUGGUAACAACAACGACAUUGGCACCGCGCACCUACGCACUAAACCGUCUUACACCAGACAACAUCCCGACGUCUACUUUCAUUCGAUGCGGUCGCUGAAAAAAUCGAUAUCGUACGUUGAUCUUAAAAAACAAAUCGAACAUUUGUUACCGAUUAAAGAGAAUAUGGAGCUUGCUCCGAACCCGAGGAGAAAAAACAGCGGUCGACGAGUAUCAAAAUCGUUCAGACAGUUUCCACAAAUCGUCGUGCAUCCUCCUGAUAACUAUCAGCUGACGAAUAGUAUGCCGGAUAUUCAUUCAUUUUUAGUGAAAAAAUGUAAGGAAAAACAUAGCGGGAGUUUGUUUGAUCAAAAUGCUUCGUGUCCAGAUUUGACAGACGAUUCGUAUUUUAACAACAUUGAGACAGCUAGUGUAAGCAGUAUAGAGGUGGAAGAAGAUUGCGAAUGUUCAGAAAGUGCUUCGGUCUGCAGUGAUUCAGUCUUCUAUCGCCAUGAGACGCGACCGACAAGAGAAUCACCAUCUCGAGAAGCUGUCAAACUGAAGUAUUCAAGUAGUAUACCACGUAGGAAAAAGAAGGAUGAUUCUCCGAGUGAUUUAUUACGCCGCAACUGGAAAGUCAAGCACUCCACCUCGAUGCACAACUUACCUAGAACUAAACCACUGGAACCUGCAUUCGAUAACUACUACACUGUUCACGGCGAACGUCACUUUUCUCAUCACUGCCCACCUUGGAGCACUGGCAACCCCCGGUACGCGUUCCCCGAUUUCAAUCCAUUUUUUACGCCCCCGCGAUUCAGCUAUUUCGGUGCCUUGGAGGCGGCAGCAGGUCUUUUCCACCCUUCUGUGACCUUGCCCGCACCCGAGGUUAUUUACAAAUGUUGUUGUGGCGGUGCUACAUGUAAGACGGUGGUGCCGAUAUACGAGUAUUUGGAAACGUAUUUCGUCAAGCGGGUAAGAGAACCUUGAUAUGAUGUACAGGUCAGAGGGGCUUGGACUAUAGAGACGGUUGAGGUAGAGCUCCGGUUUGCAGAAAAUGUUAAGCCAACACACAAUAUAAAUUGAGAUAAAUCAACGAGCCAACAGCGGGAAUUGCAUUGAAAUUAUUUAUUUCUCCCACAUUCUCACUUUCAGUAGCAGCAAUUGUGAAGAUAGAUUGUUAGAUUGUGAUUUUUGCAAAAUUUGUUACUACGUUCUAGUAUUGACGUAUUCCACCUGAAAAUGGUCAACCAUAUACCGUAUUCCGAUGUUCAGAAAAGAAUCUGAAAUAUACUAGCGCCAUCUAAGAUACCUAAUUAAACCGUGGCCAUUUAUGAGAUAGCAGUAGAACCAGACACUAACUCUUUUCAAAAUAGAUUUCUAAAUUAAUUUUUGUGUUCUGCUGUCUUAUAGAUGGACCUAGUACCUUUAUGAUCAUUUUUUGAUGUACUUGCUGUGUGGCAGAUGCUUGCGACACUGUUCCAGAUAUUGCACCCGUUCUGGUAACAUCUGUUGAAGGUAUCAGCGGUUGUGUAGUGGUAGACUAGUCAGUCGCCGUGAGCUGCGCGGGUUCGAAUCCUGUCCCAAGAGAAUUUUUCUCUUGGCUAUGGAUGCUGUGAUUGUCCUUAGGAGCUAGAUGGCCUCAGACUGUCGAACGUGGAGGUACCACCCGGCGGAUCUCUUAGGCAGGUCUAGAAUGUGUGCAUGUUACACGUCAUGGAGAGCAUAUACAGUAAUAAUAUUCGUACAUCGUAAUCAAUAAUUAAAUAACACUCAAUUUGUACACACUGUCGGUUGUUGCCCAGACAAGCAGCUAAAUGUAAUCUUAUACUUGGUCAAUAUUCCCUCCGUCACAUGUUGUUACAAAUAUACCAUCCUGAGUGCCUGCAACCCACAAGGAAAAUAUCAACAAAACGGCAGAUGCGUUAUUCCUCCUUAAGAAGAAUUCACGGCAUUCGUGCUACAUGAACAGCGUAGUGGAUUUUGUAGUCGCAACUGGGAUUUUUUACAUAAUAAUCAUAUCGGAGUGAAUUUUAGCAGCUAAAUGUCUUGAAAUAUGCGAUAUCAGGUAUGAUGUGAAAAAUUAUCAACUGUAAAGUGGAGCUCUAUUGCAACCUAUUCGUAGUUCGAGGUCAAGGUGAUUAUUUGGUGGUUUGUUCUCUCUUUUCGUCUGUCUUUCGUUUUCGCUGCGUUUGAUGUUAGAACAAGCUUUUUGUUUGGGAAUCCAGGUGUUACUUCUGAUAACGAUAGCGUUACCUAGUGUUGCAGACAUCACAUACUUGAUUAUGAUAAGAGGGAUAAUGUUAGAAGUCAUUCAAUUUGUUUGCAACUGGUAUUAUGUUCCACAAGAUCAUUAAAACAUCAUGACAAGACCGUUUAAAACAUCAUCAUUCUUGAAAUCACACUUCAGUUAUGUGUUAGACUCUUGGCUUCUUAAAAUCUCUAUAUGCCUUCUUGGAUACCAUAAAAUAUGUCUUCGUACCUACUGACACUGACCAUACUUGGAAUAGGGAUAGUACGACCAUAAUACAUAAACUCCAUUCUUCACUCUGAUCUAUUUUAAAGUUGAUCAUUACGUCAUAAUGUAUGUUUUUGGGUAUCUUCAUCUCGGUCAUUAUAAAUGAAAUAAAUAUGGAGAGUUAGGUUAGAUAUGUCCGACAUUUUAUGCGUUUAAAUAAUGUGUUACUUUUAUUUUAAAUGAGGGUGCAAUAGAUUCUUAACAGUAAGUUAGUUAACAACUGGAUGCCCACAAUUAUAGCAUAGUAUUUGUUCCACUAACUUAACUGUUAACAAAUAAUAUUUCUUCUGCCUGCAUUUGUAUUGUGAACAUUAGAGUAGGUACUAAUACUAAUUAAUAAUUAUAACACCAAUUUCGUGAUCCCAAUAUUAUAAAAAUAUCAUUCUUGUUACUGCAAUAUGACAUGUGCCUAGGAUCUAGGCAAUUAUUUUCUUAAACUUGAAUGUAUAAAAUAGUGCAGAUUUUAUCACAAGACUGCAUUUUGACCUGUAUUUGUGAAUUUGUAAAACGAUAGAUGACCAAUGCAAGGAUUGACGGAUUUAGUAAAUUUUAGUAUGAAUAAACCUCAUAUGAAUUCACAUGAGAAUAUUUUUUUUACGUUGAAUAUUUUACCCUCAAAAUAUUUUUUGCUCAACGGUAAUUAUACGUUUUGGAAACGAACCAAUUUUUAUUUUUUGUAUUAUAGGAGGAAACUUUCGAGGAAAUGCUAAAUAGGCAAAAGGCUGAGCUCAACGCUUUAAUGGAAGCACAUAGAAAACAGCAGUUAGAAUAUAUGGAAUUUCAUCGAAAACAAACAGAAAGGUAACUAUAAGUAACUUGGAAUGUAGAACCUCCUUUUCUGUCGAAGCAUUCCACAAAAUUUUAUAUAGCUAAUACUUUUUGCAUCCUCUUUCUUUAGUGCUUGUUUAAUUUUAUCUAUCAGUUUUCAAAUUUGUUGCGAAUGACAAAAUCAAUAUACAGUGUAUUACCAGUAUUCCAACCUCAUAGGGAGCGUUAAAGGCCUUGCUCACCGGCAGGGGUAUUACGUAACUUGAAAAGUGACGGCUUCUUUGACAUUAUAUACAUUUUUUAUGACAUUAUGGAGGUUCUCCUAAAAUACGUUAACUUGGAACUAGCUGUCGUUCACUUCAUGCUCACUUGUAGCAAGCCCGGAAUGAACUAUUUGCACACUAGCCUACUUAGUCAAUAAGUUGACAUUUUAUCGGUCUGACAUUAUACGUAAUCUCAAACAUACAUAUAUGCUUUUUACAUAAUAACCCUGCGGAACGCCAGGGCGACGUUUCCAGCAUCCGUAGCCACACUAACCUAUUAAAAUACAUGACAGCUCCCUGACGUGGCGACUAGGGUCUAUGGGUGUCAAAAUCGAUAUUUCAGUAUGUUAGUUUGGCUACUCUUAAUAGCAACAAUACUCGACGUGUGGGCCGCAACGAGCUGGUCCCAUGUUGCUUGACUCGUGAAUGGUCACAUACUGAAUAUCUUACAUUUGUUCUGAACUUUAAACGUUUUUUUUAUUUCCAGGAAAUAACUUUAAUUUUUAAGCGGAUUGAUUAUUAAGUGAGAACGAAAGGCUGUAUAUUGAUUAUUGUUUAUAUUGUAUUAUAAUUAAAAAAAAAACUAGUUAUACUUAUAUUUGCUGAUAAUUUAUUUUUAAUAUCCCCUGUUACGUCUAGUUUUUUGUUUUAUUUAUUUUAGCAAAUGAUCAGUAAAGUCUUGUGAUAGAUAUAUUUUUGGUGUUUUAUUGAAAAUAAAUGAAU